UUGCUCUCCCUCCUUUUCCAGAUAAGCUAUAUAAGAUACAAGCAUUUCAUAUCAAGUAUAUUAUUUGAUUAUAAAACUACUCCAUCAAGUCUCUUGCCUGGCCUACAGCGUCUACUUCUUGGUAUACUGACGGCUGUUAUCUAUUCACAGUUUAAUAAAUAUUUUCCAUUGAGUAGAAUAUUAUCAGAAGAGUAUCAGGCAAGAAGCUUGCUGUCUAAGCUUCUCAUAAUGAUAAUAACUGGAAAGCUGGCAUUGUGGCGCUACAUGGCAGUCUGGACCUUUGCUGAAGCUACUUGUGUCAUCAUGGGAAUAUCAUACAAUAAGUCGUUAUCCACUCCAAAGUAUACUGAUUGGACAGCAGUCUAUAAUGUUAACUUUUGGAAUAACGAGACCAGCAUUACUCUUCAAGGAACUAUUGAAUCUUUUAACAUACAGACCAACAAAUGGGCAUCAAUGUAUGUAUUUAAAAGGCUGAAGUGGCUACAAAAUAAAAUGUUGUCUCAUUUUAUUACGAUUAUAUUUCUUGCACUGUGGCACGGUCUAUGGCCAGGGUACUUUAUUACUUUGACAUUUGAGUUUAUAGCCAUCAUAUGUGAAAGACAAUUUAUUCAGUUUAUUAAAAAGAAUACCAAUUUGACUAAUGUCACAGGACUGCCCUACUUGUUCCUUUGGUGUGGGUCUUACUUUCUAAAGCAAGUGAUGUUAAUGUAUCCAUUAAUGAGCUUCAUGCUACUCUCCUGGGAUGCUUGUUGGCAGUUUAUGUCUUCCGUCUAUUGGAUUGGUCAUGUUACUGCGUUGCUUUGGCUUCUCUUUCCCUUCAAGUCAUUUACCCUAUUCUAACACUGCAGUGACUGCACACAUGACAUGAACACACAUGCACCCCAUGGUUAUUUUAUUCAUUAUUAAUUAUUCAUACUCUAAUUAAUUAACAAUAAAAUUAA